UAUAUAUUUAUAUUUAAACAGCGACGCAAAAUUGACGAAAGCAGAUAUUUUUGUAGCUGUUGUUGUCUCUGUAUUAUAUCUGCUGAUUUUAGGGUUCUUUCUUUUUACUCUUUUUGGAUCUCCACCAGCUCUUCCACAUCGAAAUCCAAUCUACAAUCAAGCUGAAUUCUUCGGUUUUCAUUCACCAGGGGCAAAUUUAGAGUUUUGGAGUAGGAAUUUUUGCCAAAUUGGAAAACAAGAGGAACUAGGGUGGUUAGUGAUGAAUAAGAGAACUUCAUGGGCUGACUUGGCUGCCAACUCUGCAGCCGAGAAUGUAACUUCUGCUAACAACAGUACUGUUGGUAACACUUCUGCUCCUGCACGAUCUACAUAUGUUCCUCCUCACCUUCGCAACCAUCAAACCUCAUCAGAUCGCCCUGCGUCAUUGGAUUCUACUUCCCAAGGAUACAAUGGGCCUGUGACAACUAAUGAUCGAUCUGGAUAUGGCAGUGGGUCCCGAUGGGGUGGUCCCAGAAAUGACUACAGUCGUUCUGGUUAUGGUGGUGGACGUGCUGGUGGAUGGGGUGGCAGAAGUGGUGGGUGGGAUCGUGGGAGGGGACGGGAAGUCAACCCUUUUGGUGAUGAUGAUGGUACAGAACUGGCUUUUAGUGAGCAAGAAAAUACUGGCAUUAACUUUGAUGCGUAUGAGGAUAUUCCAGUGGAAACAAGUGGUGAUAAUGUUCCUGCCCCGGUGAAUACUUUUGCUGAGGUUGACUUGGGUGAGGCUCUAAAUCAGAACAUCCGGAGGUGCAAGUAUGUGAAGCCAACUCCUGUGCAACGUAAUGCCAUUCCAAUCUCCGUGGCUGGUCGGGACCUUAUGGCAUGUGCUCAGACUGGUUCUGGCAAGACUGCUGCCUUCUGCUUUCCUAUUAUCAGUGGAAUUAUGAAGGGAGAGCCUCCACAGAGGCCAUUUCGUGGUGCACGGACUGUCUAUCCCCUGGCUCUGAUUCUUUCUCCUACUAGGGAGCUUUCAAUGCAAAUACAUGAAGAAGCUAAGAAGUUCUCAUAUCAAACAGGGGUUAAGGUAGUUGUUGCAUAUGGAGGAGCACCAAUUAACCAGCAGCUGUGGGAGCUGGAGAGAGGUGUUGAUAUUCUUGUGGCUACCCCUGGAAGGUUGGUUGACUUGCUAGAGAGGGCUAGAGUUUCUCUGCAACUGAUCAAGUAUCUUGCUCUAGAUGAGGCAGAUCGAAUGUUAGAUAUGGGUUUUGAGCCGCAGAUAAGAAAAAUUGUUGAACAAAUGGAUAUGCCUCCACCAGGUGUAAGACAAACAAUGCUUUUCAGUGCUACCUUCCCUAAAGAAAUACAGAGACUAGCCUCUGAUUUCCUUGCAAAUUACAUCUUUUUGGCUGUUGGACGAGUGGGUUCAAGUACUGAUUUGAUUGUCCAAAGAGUUGAAUUUGUUCAUGAGUCUGACAAAAGAAGCCAUCUCAUGGACCUUCUUCAUGCACAGAAGGAAAAUGGUGUUCCGGGAAAGCAAACUCUUACUUUAGUUUUUGUGGAGACGAAAAGAGGGGCUGAUGCUCUGGAAAAUUGGUUGUGUGUUAAUGGCUUUCCUGCAACUACUAUUCAUGGUGAUAGAUCACAACAGGAAAGAGAAAUGGCAUUGAGGUCAUUUAAAAGUGGAAAAACUCCCAUUUUGGUAGCAACUGAUGUAGCAGCACGUGGUCUUGAUAUCCCCCAUGUUGCUCAUGUGGUUAAUUUUGAUCUCCCAAAUGAUAUUGAUGAUUAUGUCCACCGAAUUGGAAGGACAGGUCGAGCAGGGAAAUCAGGUUUGGCUACUGCCUUCUUCAAUGACAGUAAUGCUUCAUUGGCAAAGGCAUUAGCUGAUCUAAUGCAAGAAUCCAAUCAAGAAGUACCUGCUUGGCUAUCUCGGUAUGCAGCGGCUCGUUCCUUUGGUGGGCGUAAUCGUCGUUCUCGGGGAGGAGGUCGCUUUGGUGGUCGUGACUUCCGAAGGGACAGCUUUUCUGGUAGAGGUGGUUCUGACUACUAUAGUGGAGGUGGUAGCGGUGGUGGAUAUGGUGGUUCUGCUGGGUAUGGUGGUGGAGGAUAUGUUCCAGGCAUGUCUAGUGCGUGGGAUUGACAGUCAGCACACAUUACAUUGCUUAGUGUCUAGUUGGAGUGGACCUUCACUUAUCUGGUCUAUUUUCUUUUUUGUUAGCAUUCUAGCCAAUGUGUUCUAUAUUAUUAGAAGUGUUUAUCACGGUUAGGAGGGUCGGGAUGUAAGUUUGGAUUUGGUGUUGCAGGAGUAGAGUUGCGUGUAAUGUUGGUAGGUUACCAGUUCCUAACAGAUUAGGUAUUAUUUCACGCUCGUCUUCUUCUAUCCUCUUUCCUUUUUGCUGGUAAUUCGAUGAGAUGAUGUUGGGUUGUAGAAUACGUAGCAGGAGAGGGAGAGGGUUUCAUUUUGCUUCAUUUUGUUCGGCCACCUUCUUUUGAUAUCUCAUAGGCAUGUUCAUUUCAACCCAGUUUGUGGGGGGUAAAUUGUUGAGUCUCUCUGGUCUUGCCAUUUUCUCCACCAUUUUUUUUUUUUGAAAAGGAGUUUAAAAGGCUUUGUAAUAUUUUGGUGGUGACUUGAUUGAACUAUAUACAAAUGUUCAGAUAUUAAAUGUUUCAAGUUUACUUUGA